GAACUGGAACAUACUAACAUUUCACUUAAAUAGAGUUUUUAUUAUAAUUUUGUAUAUUUUUAACUUGUUAACAAAUUAUUAAUGAAUUUAUAUUUUUUACUAAUUUAUUUAAUAAAAUGAGUUAUCACAAUGAGGAGGAAGAUGAGACAGACAAAGAUACGGGCAUGUUAUUAAAUCUAAGCCAAAAGUCGGGCAUAUUUGUGGCUGAUCAAACUCCUACACCCACUAGACUCAUAAAAAACUGCGAAGAAGUGGGUCUUUUUGAGGAUUUAAAAAAUGUAAAUCCAUUCGAUGAAACAUUUCGCAGAGCCUGUGAACAGAAUGUACAACAUACACCCAGCAGUCAUCAGCAAUUUCAGAAUGAUGAAAAUUCUUUACACACGCCACAGGUAUUUCCCCAAUUCGAUACAGCCGUUGAGGGUGGCAUAGUAGCGGCUGAAGAUUUGACAAAACAAACUCUAGAUACUCCUGUGGUUUUAGAUGUGGAAAGUGUAGAAAAUAUUUUAAAUGCAUCACAAGCUAGUGUAAAACCCAAAAGUGCUGAGUGUUAUGCCAACAAAUAUAGACCAAUACUGAAAAAACCUGCUGCUAAUACUGUACAACAGUCACACACGGGAAUUACAUUUUAACCCACUUCCCUACAGUUUAUACAACCACAAGUUAUAACCGUAACAUUUCCAAAUCCCACUAUAGACUCUAUCAAUACUACUGCCAAACCAAACCAACAGCAACAGACGCUACAAACAAAGAAAUCUUUAACAAAAACUAAACCUCUUAUACUGCCCAAACUGUCAAACGACCAAUAUACAUCUACCAAGAUUCCACUACUAUAACUACUUCUGGUUGUUCUUUCAACCUCCCCAACCCAUUCGUCUACUCAGCCGGAGCCUAGCAGUGCCAGUUUAACACCCACAUCACAAUUACCCAUCAAAGAGCGCCUAAAAGCUAUUUUAAGUCAAUCUAGUAAAACAAGGCCCGCCGAUUGGUCCGAUAAAUCUUGUAGCAGUAAACAUUUGAAUAGAAAUUCUAAAAGCAAUGGUCAACGGGUCUCUAAAGACGAUACCAUGGAACGUCGGAGAGCAGCUUCAAACCGUUAUCGCCAUAAAAUGCGCAAUGAAUACAAAGAGUUGCGUAAACAGAAUACCGAACUACAAAUUGAAAAUAAUAAACUCAAAGAGAGAAUCAAACAGUUGGAAAUGGAAAAUUCCAAAUUAAAAUCUGCUUCAUUACAACCUGUUUUAGCUUCGUCUUCAUUACCUGCCCUUGGAGUACCCGCUCAAAUACAAAUUCCUGCCUCUACCAUACACUUAGUUAUGAACAUACCCAAAUUGGUGGUACCUUGCGGUACUAGCGAUUUAAAUCCUAAUUCAGCCAUGCUGAAAAGUCCUUUAAGUUAUAGUUUAGAUAAAAAGUAGUCAUUUUUUUUUUUAAAACCCAUCUUGAGUGUUUUUGUGAUAAAUUCAGUGUUUUGAGUUACAAUUAUUUUCAAUACAAGUCAGAUUUAUAGAAAUUAUUAAAACUUAACAAGAUGGCUAGUAUUAGGACAAAGCUAUUGCUCUUAAAGAAAGUAUUUCAAACGAAUUUUUAUUAGUUUGUACAGUGUUAUAUUGUAACUAAAAUAAUUUUAAAAUUCUGACUUUUUUGUUUUCAAAACCAGUGUCAUUAUUAAACAUAAUUUUAAAUUGACCCAUAGACCCUUUAA